ACGUGUCAAUUUCCACCUCCAAUAGCGAGUGCGAGUGAAGGACCACAUCCAGAGUUGUAUUAUUUUUGUUAACAUUUUUGUUUACUAAUUUUAAAAUGUCGAUUCCCAAUUUACAGAAUAACAUUAUUCAAUCGCAAGGUAUCGUUUUAAAUCAGGUUCCCCUGUCGCACACAAUUAUGACGAACGUUAACGCAACAAACGGCAUACCGAUAGGUACGGCUCUCUCUCAUGCGCCGACAAGCGUCGAGCAAAUGAACGAAAUGAAAACGGGAAUCGUCGUCGACGGCAUACCGAUCGUUGGCAUGUCGAACAUUCCCGUUCAAGCGGCAGCACCAGUCCGAACGAUGCAAUCGAAUGCAAAUGUAUCUGAAGGCAUUUCGCAGGUACUCACUAAACCGCGAUUAUCAGAUUUAGUUAGAGAUACAGAUUCUUCGUUAAUAUUGGAAGAUGACGUCGAGGAGGCUUUACUAGCUUAUGCUGACGAAUUCAUAAAUCGUACACUCGAAGGUGCAGUAAAUCUAGCUAAACAUCGUCAUAUCAAUACCAUAGAGGUCAAAGACGUACAGCUAUAUUUAGGUCGGAAGUACGGUGUGUGGGUGUCCGGUUUUGGAACAGAUGAGCUUCGACCAUACAAACGAAAACUUAAAGCUGAAUCUCACAAACAACGCCUGGCACUUAUUCGUAAAGCAUAAAGUACCUUUUUUUUUUAGUUAUUACGUUUAUAGUUUGCAACUCAAUAAUUUGUGGUGUAAGUACUGUUUGGAUUUCUUGCUAUUCAUUUCCACGUAGUGCUAGUAUUUCUCAUUAUACCCAUAAUAAAGAACUUACAAUCGA